AUGUACACGACAAGGACCCUCUCACAACUGAAACAACAUCCAGAGCUCCUUGGAGACCCACCGGAGGGCCCGAAUUCCGACUACCUAGUUAUUGAAGGGGAGCAAUACACAGAAGACACGGUUCCUUCGUGUUUCGGGAUGUGCUUUGUCGAGGCAAAGUUGGAGCUGCCCCUGCCUCAGGACAAGAGGGUCAUCGUCGAAUACAAAGUGUCACCCGAUGGCCAACCCCCUCGUUUCUUGAGAGGAGGGGAGUUCGGAUGGCGAAUCGUCCCCAACCCCUACCACUUCCACUUGCGCCCUGCCGGAGGCCUUGACCCGAAGCUCUUUGACCGCCUCCCGAGUUUCGAUUUCCCCUUAUCCAAGAGUUGCUCGACUCCCAUGGCCAUCGGGAGAUGGUACUGCCCGUUUCUGUUCGUGAAGGAGGGCAAUCUUGGAAAUCGUGUCAUCAGGUUGUCUUACUACGGGAUGACGCUCGAGCGGAGGUGGAAGAAGGUCUUCACGUGUCGCGACAGCAAUGACGCCCGCGUGGCGGUGAGCGGCUUGUUCGAAAACGAGGUGUCGUGUGUCGGCAAGUGGAGGGCCAAGUGGGACGAGAAGAAGGUGGAUUGUGAGAGGAUGAUAUGGUACGAGAGUUGUGGGGGGCGCGUGAGUUUAAGGCGGGAAAUAGUCGAGUGGAUGAGGUGGGAGGAUGAGAGGAGGGGUUGGGUGUCGGGGGAUGAGGAGAGACAGAUGAGGGUCGAGAGGGUCGACAAGUUUAAGGGAAGCGGAGUUUGGACCGAGUUAGGGUGUUAUGUUUUGGUGGCGAGGUUUAGUUUGAAGGCAAUAGGUGAGGAGUUGGUUAUGUGGUGUGAGUAUAGGCAUUUUGAUAAGAUGAAGGUGAAAUGGGAUAAGUUGUGA